AUGGAUAAGAGUUGGAUGUAUAAGUCAAGGUUGAGCCAAGAAUAUGAACAUGGAGUGGAAGAAUUUCUUAAGUUUGCAUUCGAUAAUGCAAGCCAAGAUGGUAUGAUUGUAUGCCCUUGCAUAAAGUGCGUAAAUAUUCAUUGGCGAACCCGUGAAGCAGUGCUUGAACAUUUAAUAUGUGAUGGAAUUCUACAAGGAUACACAUGUUGGUUUUUCCAUGGAGAACGUGUUCCAUCACACACUACUAAUAUAUCAACAACUGUCACAGAUGCUUCAAUUUUAAAUUCUCAUAACAUAACCCCUCAAGUUAGGAAAGAUGGCAUGGAUGAAUUGUUAAGGGAUGCUUUUAAUAUGCAUCAAGUUGAUCAAGAGACUUCGGGUCCUAAUAUAUGUAAUACUGAUGUUGAAGUGAAUGUUGGGGAUGGCACUGACAGGGGGGUAGAUGAUGAACCAUCACCGGAAGCUGCAAAGUUUUACAAGUUGCUGAUAGAAAUGAAUGAAAAACUUUAUGAGGGAUCCAAGCAUUCUAGAUUGUACUUCUGCAUUCGCCUGUUUCAUCUUAAAUGCAUGUGUGGGAUGACUGGAAAAGGGCUCGAUCUAUUGAUUGAAUUUCUAAAAGAAUUCUUUCCCUCAGCUGCUAUUCCUAGAAGUAGUCAUGAUUCCAAGAAGGUCAUCAAGGAUUUGGGUCUUGGGUAUGACAAAAUUCAUAGUUGCCCUAAUGACUGCAUGCUAUAUUGGGAUCUUAAUGAACAUCAACAAUCUUGUCAUGUGUGUGGGCAUUCCCGCUGGGUGUCGAAUGAUCCCAAACAAUCUUUGGAUGAUGAUGGUGAUAUCGUUAAUAAGAGACCUGCAAAGGUUUUACGGUAUUUUCCUCUAAUACCGCGCUUGCAGAGGAUUUUCAUGUCUUCUAAGACUGCAGCUGAUAUGGUUUGGCAUGUUACUGGUCGAUCAAAUGAUGGCUGUUUGAGACACCUCGCGAUCGCCGAGGCAUGGAAAUCAUUUGAUGCAAGAUAUCCAGAUUUUUGCUUCGAACCACGCGAAAAUGUUAGGGCUUGGUCUUUCUUCAGAUGGAUUUAA